GAUGCCUGGGAAGGGACGGGGCGGCCAAGCUCUUUUUGCCGGCUUGCGGACCAAAACAUGGGGGACACACCCGAUGCUGCCUGAGCUGGAGCCAAGGGACAGCCCCACCAGGAGCUGGGUCUGGAGUUGGGGCGGUGGGCUCAUUCCUGAGAGGGGCGAAGGCACCAUUUGUGCCAGGGCGGGGCGUAUGGUAGUAUCCAGUGUCCAGCGCUGGCCAGAUAAAGCCCGUGAGAGGCCCAUGUUAGCUGCUUCUAAAAGAGGGUGAGCUUGAGAGAGAGAGAGGAAGGGCAAGGAAAGAAGCUUCUCAGUCUUAAUUUACCAUGGCUGGUAAAACUGGACCAGAACAUCUGUUUAAUGCAGCCACUGAGGUCGAGACAACAGGAGCAUUGAUGAGCAACAAGAUCAACAUCCCAGCACUUUUGCCCCAAGGCCCAGCUAAGGAAUGGCUAGAACAGCGUCGGGCUACCAUUCGCCCCUGGGCCAACUUCCUGGACCAGAAACGGUUCGCAAAGCCUCGGAAUUUGGGGGAACUGUGUAAACGUCUUGUCCACAACGUGGAAUAUUUCCAGAGCAAUUACGUCUUUGUCUUCCUAGGACUGAUCGUCUAUUGCCUCAUCACAUCACCAUUACUUCUGAUUGCACUUGCUGUGUUCUUUGGGGCGUGUUACAUCAUGUACUUGAAGACUCAACAGUCACAGCUUGUUCUGCUUGGGCGAGAACUCAGCACAGCCCAUCAAUACAGUCUGGCUGGAGCUGUCUCUUUUCCUUUCUUCUGGCUGGCGGGCGCCGGCUCAGCUGUCUUUUGGGUGCUGGGCGCCACGUUGGUCGUCAUUGGUUCACAUGCCGCCUUCCACGAACUGGAAUCCGUGGAGACCGAUGAGCUGCAGAUGGAGCCCGUGUAAAAAGUUGGAGAACGUCCUCGCCAUCCAUCUCUCCCGCCCCUACCCCAUCGCUGUUACAUUGCCUAUGUAUACAAUGCUGCUAUUUCAUUCCAUGUCAAUAUGCCUGCUUAAAUUGCAAUUUCCUCCAAGUCUUGAAAAUUCUCAGUGGCUACCUUAUUGAGAUUGCCCUUCCAUUUCUGAUUCUUCACAUAUGAGAUAUCUCCUCCCCUCUUAUUCCCACUGGCCAUGAGCUUUUUCACUGAGUAUAUAAAAGAAUGCUGCUAUUAAAUUAUUCCCUCUGUAGAUUUUUAAACGCCGUCAUCGCUUCCCCAGUAGCCUGGAACCUCCUGCAUUCAGCCUCUUUAUGUCUUUGAUCAGUAACAUUAAAGAAAACGCUGACAUUAGCCCACAC